GGCGUGAGCAUUAUUAAGUUGAAAAUUUUAUUUGUGCUAUCCGUAAAUCCAUAUCAUAAUGGGGAAGCCGAGCCAACACAAAUACAGAGCUAGAAAACGAAACAAGCUGUCGAAAAGCCAGAGACAGCGUCGCAGGAGAGAAGCCUUGCUGAAAACACAAAAGUCUGCGGACUCUCAAAGUUUUCUGAUGUAUGGAAAUUCUUUUGGUGACACAAUUACAAGUGAUAUCACUAAUCAACAUGCAGAACAUACGAGGACUUCUUUAGGAUAUUAUAGUGUUCUAACAACCACAGGAACAAAAGAUAAUUUCUCUUCUGAUUUGGAAUCUAUGACAGUGAAUUUGGACAGUGCUUUGCCAACAAAUAUCGAAGAUAGAUUUAUUGGUGAUGAUAAAGAAUCAGAAAGUUUUCAAUGUAAGAAAGAACCGUCUUCAGAGAGUAAUUCGAAUGAUGCUUCAGAGUUUAAUGAAUUAAUUCCUAGCGGUAAAGAAUCGGAAGUUCUUCAGUGUAAGGAAAAACCGUCUGUUGAGAAUGAUUCAGAUAAAGAACCUGAUAGCUUUCUAGAAAGUCCUGCUCUUACUCAGCUUGCCUCUCAUUCACCACCUCAUACUCCAACGGUACACAUUGAUCUUCUCAUUCCUCGUCGCCCAGAAACUUAUCAGAUGAAUUCCUUUAUGAUAAAUCCAACUUCUAACAGUAAAUCCUACCAGCUACAAAAUUCUAAAAAAUAUGAACAAGAAGCAAGAAUCCCUGUCCUUGAGAAGCCCUUUAGCCCUGUCAUUGUUAUCAAGAAAGAGAUUUCAGAUAUUGAAUUUAAUUCUGAACCUCAGCAGUGCUCUAACCCUGAACCUCAACAUUGCCCUAGUCCUGAACCACAACAUUACUCUAACCCUGAACCACAACAUUGCUCUAACCCUGAACCACAACAUUGCUCUAACCCUAAGUGUUUGGAAAGCAUAUCUCAGUUGAAAAAAAAAAAUAGCUGGUUUGGAAUUCCAGUUGAAAGAAUCUUUAAAAAUGUCUGGAGUUAUGUCUUUAAAGGUUCAAAAUGUUUUGGACAAUAAAAGAGAGUUAGAAAAUAAGUUAGAAAAUGCUGAAAAGGAAAUUUUAUAUUAUAAACAAAAAUGCAAUGUGUUGAGAUGAAAUCUUUGCAAGAAAAUGGCUUGAAUGUCCAUCUAAAGAUAAGAACUUGUACUUAGAGGGACUCAUAAGAGAAUUUGUAUGUGUUCGAACACACACACACACAUGAAAAAGUACAUUGAACUCUUUCCAAAAGACUAUAUUAAUAAACCUUUAUUUUUGACAAAAGUUCUUUCCUGCUUAUAAGUUUUGAUUACAAUGCUUAAUUUCAUUCAUUCCACUCUAUAGGUCAGAGAAUGCGUUUGUUAUUGUAAAUAAAACUUUUCUUAAGAUGUACUGUACAAUGUUUUUAAACUGUAAAUAUGAUUAAACAUUUUAUUAAAAUAUUU